CCGCCCGUUUCCCGCCCAGCUCCGCCUGCCCGCCGUUCGCCCGCCCGCCAUCAGGCCCGGCCCGGCCCGCCCUCCCCCUGCCGUCCGGGCUGAUGAGGAGGCGGCUCCAUGUUUUCUUUUCUGCGAGCGGCGGCGGCCUCGACAGAAAGCGGGGAGAACACAGGGAUCACAGGAUGAGAACAGGAAGGACCUUCCGAACUUGUGUCUGGUUCCAUCCUUUUACAGAGGAAGAAACCUAAACCUGGAGACUUGGCCAAGGACCAACUGAAAAAGUGGGCCGGGAUUCAGCAGGCGUGUCUACUCCUAUAUUUGGCCUUUCAACAGCGGCAGUACAAGUACAAUAGCACAGUGGUGACAUCAUGGAGCCCCCGAAGCACGGCCCCUUACAGAUCGUCUUGGUGAACAAAGAGCAGCAUUCUUUUGAGCUGAAUGAGAAGGCCUUGACCAAGAUCCUCUUGCAAGACCACAUCAGGGACCUUGACGUGGUCGUCGUGUCGGUAUCUGGAGCCUUCCGCAAGGGCAAGUCCUUCUUUCUGGACUUCUUGCUUCGCUACAUGUACAGCCAGAAGAAGGGUAGCCAUCUGCAUUGGCUAGGUGACAAAGAUGAACCACUAACAGGAUUUUCCUGGCGAGGGGGUUCUGACCCUGAAACCACUGGAAUUCAGAUCUGGAGUGAAAUUUUCACUGUGGAGAAGCCUGAUGGGAAGAAGGUUGCACUGAUUUUGAUGGACACUCAAGGGGCAUUUGAUAGCCAUUCCACGGUGAAGGACUGUGCCACCAUAUUUGCCCUCAGUACCAUGAUGAGCUCUGUCCAGAUUUUUAAUUUGUCCCAGAACAUCCAGGAGGAUGAUCUGCAGCAGUUGCAGCUGUUCACAGAAUAUGGUCGUCUGGCAAUGGAUGAAAUUUCCCAGAAGCCCUUCCAGAUGCUGAUGUUUUUGAUUCGAGACUGGAGCUGUCCGUACGAGUAUAGCUAUGGACUUGAGGGAGGAAUGGCAUUCCUGGAGAAGCGCUUGCAGGUGAAGCAGCAGCAGCACGAGGAAAUCCAGAACGUCCGGAAUCACAUCCGCUCAUGCUUUACCAACGUCAGCUGCUUCCUCCUACCACAUCCAGGCCUCCAAGUGGCCACGAGCCCCACCUUUGACGGAAGGCUGAAAGACAUCGCUCCUGAAUUUAAAGAACAAUUAGAGGUGCUGAUACCGUUUGUGUUAGAUGCAAGCAGGUUAAUGGAAAAGGAGAUCAGCGGCUCCAAAGUCACCUGUCGGGGUCUGCUGGAGUAUUUUAAGGCGUACAUUAAGAUUUACCAAGGAGAAGGUCUGCCUCACCCCAAAUCAAUGCUUCAGGCCACUGCAGAAGCCAACAAUUUAGCCGCUGCGGCGUCUGCCAAGGACAUGUAUUAUAACAACAUGGAAAAGGUCUGCGGAGGGGAGAAGCCCUACCUGGCGUCUGAAGUGCUGCGGGAGAAGCAUGAAGAGUUCCGGAAGCAGGCCAUCGAGCAGUUUAAGAAGUGCAAGAAGAUGGGGGGCAAAGAAUUCAGCCUGCGGUACCAGAGUGAGCUGGACCGGGACAUCGAGGGGCUGUACGGCCACUUCAUCAAGCACAACAGCAGCAAGAACGUGUUCAGCUCCUUCCGCACACCGGCCGUGCUCUUCAGCUUCAUCCUCGCGCUCUACCUGGGCUCAGGCUUUGCAGGCUUCCUGGGCCUCACCAUGGUCACCCAGCUCUGCAACUGCUUGCUGGGCCUGCUGCUCAUCUCCCUGCUGACCUGGGGCUACAUCCGCUACUCUGGCCAGUACCGCGAGCUGGGCGGUGCCAUCGACUCCAGCGCGGCCUUUGUCCUGGAGCGGGCAACCUCUUGCAUGAAUAAUUCCACUCAGGAGGCUGUCGGGGAAGAGGGGUCCAGGAGACCAUCUGUGGAUAAAAAGUGCCAAUAAAGUGGGGAGCUGGCCCAAGCGUGCCUAGCCACCACGGUCGAGAUGGGCCUUCUGCAGCAUCCCAAGUAUGCCUGAGUGGAACAUCAUCCUGGAAGACUCGAAAUACAAUGCUGUAAUAAAUGGAGCAGACAUUUGCCUGUGGCUUAAACCCACCUCCAGGACUGUUGGGAGCCUUUCUUUCCUUUCUGGUAGAGGUCCAAGCCCAUGUCUUGUUCUUGUAUUAUUUCGCUUUCCUUUUUUGCACUUUAUGGGGGGGUGGGAGGAGGCUGGAGGGGAAAAGGACAAAGCAUCCCGAAAAGUCCUUUUUGUACCACAGAGUGCCUUUUUGAUCUGGACUCAUGCUAGCCGUGGACACAAUGGGGAGGAUGGAGGACCAGGGGAAGGAAUGGGCAGUUUGUGUGGCCACAUGUCACCUCUGGGAGCUCUCACCCUGCUUGUAAAAGGCGUCCUGAGCCCAGAGGCUCUCUCUCCAAGAGAGUUUGAAAGGAGGCUCCUUGUAAUGCUGGAGACUCUUGUGUGCCUCUGCCCUGUGGGUCACAACCAGACUCCAGAGUGUAGGACCCCUCCCCUGGGUGGGGCAGAUACAGCAUCUUCCUUGGGGAAUGGGAGGCAGGGACCUUGGCCCUGGGUGCUCAGGAAUCUCUGCCUUCCUGGUUUUCACCAGUGGCUUCCCUGUAGCCUAGAAUGUUGGAGGGAAUGUGGGCCGGCAGAUGACGAAGGGAACAAAAUCAAGAAAGAAACUGAGUGACCCCUGACAAGUCCCUUGACCUUGUGCCUUGGUCAGAUUAACUGUGUCUCAUGUAUUCUAAAUAUGAGCUUUAGUUUUAAGUUUUUAAUUUUACUUUAAAAUAACCUCGUUCUCACAGAAGCUGCAUUAGAAGAGCAGAUCUUUCUGGAGGACCGGGGGAAAAUCUUACGCAGUAGAGCUGCCUUCCUUCCGAUGGUGCCUUGGUGGUUAGAGGCUCAGCAGGGAUUCAUUCCAUUGUGUCUGUGGGACCAAACGAGCAGCAGCUGCCACCAUCCCUACCCCCAUUCCCUCCUGGGCCUGUGGAGGCAUGUGAUUAAGUGAGACCAGUGGCUCAGACUCGUUCGGCACGUCUCCCUUGGAGAUCAGGAAGUCGCUUUUCAGAGAGCGGGGCUGGCUAGGCACGGUCUUACAUGUAUGAUGGGAAGUAGUGUGGUCGGGUCAGCUGGCUAUUUCUCUACUUCAUCAUGCCUGAUUUUAAAACUUGUUUUCUUGGAGGUGCCUCUGUGUACUUAGGACACGUGAGCUUUAAGUUUCCAAAAUAAAUUAGAGCAUUGCAUUUUGGGGAGCUUGGGGUAACAAGAGACUGUUUUGUACAUGUGAGUUCUGAAUGUGAAGCUCAGGCAGAUGGAGUCUCUGGUCACGUAGUCCUCCUGUCUGGAUUUCUGGAUCCUGUCUCUCAGGGUUUUGUAUCCUCUUAAUCCAGGAUUAAUUCUAAGUAUAUUUUCUUACACGUAAUAUUUUCUUUCUUCCAAAAUCAAACGUGGUCACAUAUGUAGAAUGCUUUGUAAAUGGUAGCUGCUGCUGGCUUGCUCACUGGCUUGCCACCUUGCAAGGUGAUUCAGUUGGCAUAAAAAUGGGGUGCCAGUUUGCUUUCAGACGGGGAUCUCAAACCUUUGCUCUUACCAAAGGGAUUUCAAGCGAGUGGCUUCUGAAAUGUGUGCGCAUCUCCCAGGAAUGCCUCAUUUGGGUAAAUUGUCCUUCUGCAGUUUGUUAGACUUGGGAGACGCUUUCCCCACCACAUAGUCCAGUCUCCUGCUGGUGGGUUCCUGGUGCCUAGGCCAGUCCUAAGGCCCCAGAGCAAAUGUAAGGUCUUUGGUCCACUUGGUGCUGCCUUUCCGGAAAUGUGUCGCCUUUACUUGUGGACAGCAGGCUUGGGCAGAGUGUAUAAUGAUCUGGUCCCUGGCCCUGGAACCGGUGGACUCAUUACUUUACAUUUGAUCUUUUUUGCAUUCUCCCAGCUGGAUGUGGAGGGCCUUACAGUAGUUUCUAAUCGGUUGGCUUUCACGGGCCUCCUCCAGCUCAGCCUUCAGGCCCGUGUUUGCCCUGUUAUGCACAUCUCCUUCAGCACAUUCCUUUGAUAGGUUGUCAAGCACAAAUGGCAGAUGCUGUGUGUCCCAAGCCUCGAUCACCCCAGAGAGGUGACAGAUGGAUUUCAGUAAACGUCCAUCUCUCUUAGACAGAGUUUCCUUUGACACUGACGUCACCUCUGGUGUAAAAAUUAAGAGGGAUACAGGAAGUAGUGCCGGACUCAUGAUUGUGUCUUGAGAACUGGGACCUGUUUUGGUUGAAGAGCUGACGGCCGUCCGUCUGUGCCGUAGGGCUUGUGAUAUCAUGGUCUAGCUUGCACAUUGUACAAUUGCCUGCGUAUAUUUGCUGCUUUGCUGCUUUUCUCCUUUUCUUCUUUCUCUCUAUUCACAGGAAGUAAAAUGCUCUCAGCAGACAAAAGGGCCAAGCAGAGAAUAAAAGCUGCCCUGUAUUGGCAGCCUCGUGUUUCUUUGGCAGGCCAUGCUUAGGACUUGGCUCCUUUGCUAACUUAGGAGAACAGUCUCCUGAAGAGAGGCUGGCACAGCCAGGUUUGUUUUCUCUUGGACACACACAUUGACCCAUGUCAGGCAGAAGCAAGCUUGGAUUUUUAAAAUAUUUUUUAAAGAAUCUUUUUGAAUUAACGUAGUUUGUAGUAUAGCUCGUACUCUGACAUUCAGUUAUCUGAUGGCAGAAAAAUAACAACUUGGUUUAGACAGAAAGGAGCCCCAUGGCCGGUGUUGGUUCUGGAGGUGGCAGCUGCUGCCCUCAGAUUCUGGCUCCGUGACUGCCUCGAAGAGGGGGACCCUCAUCCCCGCCCCUCACAUUCCACAAGGGCAUUCGCUGAACCUCAGAGUUUCACAUUUUGAAACAGGAACUUUUUGUUUGACCUUCAGAGUGAUCUAGCACAUAAGAUGAUGGGUACAAUUGGGAGCUAAGAGUAGGGUGAAAUAUUCCAAUUACCUUUUAUGGGGCCUGGGGAGCAGAGAAGUUGGAUCGGAAUAGGUGUCGUAGUGCCAAAUCUAAGCAGGUGAUAACCAGGGUUAGUUUGUCCCUUCCUGUGGAUGGGGGCAGCCUAGGAGAUAUGGACUCCCACCCACCUGUGUCCUGGGCCGGACUGGGAGGAGGUCAUAGCUCCUUUUGUCUCGUGUCCAGUCACUAACUGAUGGGAAUAGAAGUGGGAAGUUGGUAAAAUCAACUUGGGCCACUGUUUUUGUUUUUGAAUUAGAAAACAAGCUGGAUCCUCCUACUCUGAUUGCUCAAACACUGAAAAUGUUCCGCCAGCUAGGUGGUGCAGUGCCCUGGAGUCAGGAGGAACUGGGUUCAAAUUCGGCCUCAGACACUUGACACUUAAUAGCUGUGUGACCCUGGGCAAGUCACUUAAACCCAUUGCCCCAAACAGAAAGUAAGAAAUUUUCAGAAUCAGGGAUAGGAGAGGUCUGCGACCUGGUGUCCUCCUGGGAGCUGGACCCUGCCGGACCAAGAUUACCGUUUUAUUGCCCAUGUGGGAAUUCCAUGUGCCAAAGCAAAGGAUGUGCUUCAUCUGAUGCCCAAAGAUUCCCGAUUUAGGUGCUGGUCACCUGGCAACACCAAGGGGCUUCCGCUCAAACCUCUGUCGUGUUUGUACUGGGGAGUCUCCCACGGGUUCUGCAGGUAUCUUUGGUCAAGCACAGACUCCUACCCAGCUGUUUGUCUGUUUUUCAGUUUGUUUGCCCAGAAAAGUGCAAUCAGAUGAGUGUGUCUCCAUCCAUCCGUAUGCUGGACUCUUAACAGAAGCAUGCAUGUCUCUAUAUCACAGAUGCUGAGAGCUGUGAGAUUAUGUAAUGGAAUAAAGAUGGCAACCUGUUUUCAUCUGCA